AUGUCACGAAAUGUCAUUAACACCUCCCGUCAAGAGGGUCAACUCAUCCAGGCUUCAGUUUCGACCUUGCCUCCUCCUCCUACUUCAUUAGUACCCAUACGGGACUCGAACCCGGGUCAUGAGCAUCGUGGCGGCGUUACCACUCCACUCAAUCCUACGGUCAAAAGUGCCCAUGAGUCGCAGAGCAGAUGCGACCCUGGGACAAGAAAGCAUUUUUGGGAGGCAUUAAAUAAGUUAAAUUCAUUUGCAACUACGAAAUAG